AAAGAAAUCAAGAAAAAAAUCUAUCCCAGCUGAUCAAAUUCCGGUAUGCCCAAACUGUAAUCAGCUUGCAUCACACAGACAUGAUAAAGAAAAAAGAUGGUUCUGUAAAACAUGCAAAAAACCUUUUACACCCAAUUACAAUAGAGUUGUUCGUAAAACAAGUCUUCAACAUAACAAUAGUAAUAUUAGUGAUAAUAAUGAUAGAAAAAAAACAACAUCACCAAUACCAAAUCUCCCCAACUCCAUAGCAUCUGCAUUUAGUAACAUCAAUGGAAAUAAUAAUAAUAACAACAACACCUAUAAUAACACCUCCAUACCAACAAUGGAUCAAACCGAACAACAACUCCCACCAGAGUUAAUUAAAAAAUUACAAAACAAAUGUACAAGAUGCAAUGGUCUACCAUCACAUAAGCACGAUCAAAAGAGAUGGUUUUGUAAACCAUGCAACAAGCCAUUUACACCCGGUAAACAUUUCAAUCUUAAUACAAGUAAUUUAAGCUUAACCAAUUUGUUUAACAACUUGUCAAGCAAUCUAAACAAUAUGAAAAACAGUACAACUAUUGUGGUAAACAAUUCACCAUCCUCUUCAUCACCUUCACCAUCAUUAUCAACUUCGCCAUUGUCAUCCUCAUCAUCUGUACCAACUCCAAUUUUUUCAAGUACCGAUCACCAGUGGAACAAUAACUAUAAUAAUCAAACCUUUCAACAUCACUCCCAUUUCGAUUAUUUAAAUAAUAACCAAGCCAAUGUAGUUACUGCUCAACUAUAUAAAUAAAAAAAAAAUUUUAAUCUAUUUUCUUUGUAAAUAAAAAUUAAAAACAUAAUAU